CACACCGCCAGUCACGGGGACAAGGCAAAGUCACUGCCUUUUCUCUCCAUUUGACUUUAUUCUGGGUAGAAGAAAUGUCUUCAAGAAACAAGGUGGGCAUGCUAUUGAAAUUUGAGCCAAAAGGCAGACACAAUGAAGAGAAUUAAAGCAGGGAAUGGAUAGAUGAAUGAGUAGAAGCAAGCAGUUUGCAGUGAGUAAAAGGAAACUAUUUUGAUGCCCCAGUGGUCCACCCCUUCCGCAAUUCAUGCAUUGAUGCUGAAUAUUUGUUCCCAACUUUAAAGAUCAUUUCUUUCUUUUUCUUGGUGGGUUUGAUUUGAUUUGAUUACAUUCUUCUCCAUUUGGGGAUUUCACUUUCAUUCCAAAGCUCUCACCUUUGGCUUCAAUGGCUGAAUGUAGGACUAAAACCCACUUCCUCCUCUUCUUGUUCUGUGUGUUCCUCUGUUUCUUCAAGGGCAAGUCAUCGUGGGUCAUCAAUGAGGAAGAUAAUGAACAUGAUAUGGUCCAAACCCGGCGGGAUUCAACUGGGAGCUGUGAUUUAUCUGAUGGCAAAUGGGUAUUCGAUCAAACGUAUCCUCUGUAUGACUCUAACUGCCCGUAUCUGAGUUCUGCAGUUACUUGUCAAAGAAAUGGAAGGCCCGAUUCUGACUAUGAGAAGUGGAGAUGGAAACCUAAUGGGUGUUCUCUUGCAAGGUUUGAUGCAUUGAAAUUUCUUGGUAAGAUGAGAAAGAAAAGGAUAAUGCUGGUGGGUGAUUCAAUUAUGAGGAACCAAUGGGAGAGUCUUGUGUGCUUGGUGCAAGGAGUCGUCCCAACUGGACAUAAGAAGGUGACCUAUAAUGGUCCUUCGAUGGCCUUCCAUGCACUGGAUUUUGAGACAUCCAUUGAAUUUUUUUGGGCUCCACUCCUUGUGGAACUGAAGAAAGGGCCUGAAAAUAAGAGAAUCCUCCAUUUGGAUUUGAUUGAAGAGAAUGCGAGAUAUUGGAGAGGAGUUGAUGUUCUUGUGUUUGAUUCAGCACACUGGUGGAUUCACUCUGAAAAAUGGAGUUCGUGGGAUUAUUAUAUGGAAGGACAAUCACUCUAUAAAACUAUGAAUCCAAUGCUUGCAUACCAGAAAGGACUCACUACAUGGGCAAAAUGGAUAGAUUUAAAUCUUGACCCUCACCAGACCAGAGUAAUUUUCCGAAGCAUGUCACCUAAACAUAACAGAGAAAAUGGCUGGAAAUGCUACAACCAGAAAACUCCCUUGGCUUUUUUUAAUCGCCCCAAUGUUCCUCAACAAUUAUUGGUGCUAAAAGGAGUGUUGAGAAGAAUGAGAUUUCCAGUAUAUCUCCAUGACAUUACAGCAAUGUCAGCUUUUCGUAGAGAUGCACACCCAUCUGUGUAUAGAAGAGUUUUAGACCAAGAUAAGAGGCAGCAUCCAGGAUCUCUUUCCUCUGACUGCAGCCACUGGUGCCUCCCUGGAGUCCCUGAUAUUUGGAAUGAGAUGUUGAGUGCCCUGCUCUAGGUGAAAAUCUCAUAGACUAAAGAGAACUGUUCCACUAGAUGUAGGCUUUGUUGCAUCUCAUGGUUUGUGUGUUCAGCUGGUUGAUGUACUAUAAUGUUGUCAAAGAAUUAUGGUAUGUUUCGCAUGUGAAAAUGCUGUGAUUCAAGCGUCCUUGAAUAGCUUUAGAUUGUUCUACAUCUGUAAACUUGAGCCUUGAGGUAUAUUCAGUAGCACUCAUGUUCUUAAUUUG